AUGCUCUGUGAUCCAUUACAAAAAUCUACGCUCAAUUGCCCUGACAAGUAUUGCUCAGCUACAAACAUGACGUUUGCAGUUUGUGAAUACAACAUUGCCAAAGAUGCCAAUAACCAAACUGCCUUCACCUACACUGGGUGUGCUGAUACCAGUAAUUUAUCCUGCGAUGCAUUCAAGGCCUGCUCCCUUUUCAACAUUUAUGUUAUGCAACAUGGCAUUAAUCAGACAAGCGCUGCUGCAAAUGGAACCAAAUACGUAUCUAGAUGUACGGGAAGUAUCACUACUACUACUACUACUAGCGGCAAUACAACGACAUCAAAUGGCAAUGGUAUUUCCACUGCAAGCAUUGGCAACAUGCAUCAAGCACUGUGUACCUCUAUUCUAUUGUUCAUCUGCUUUUUGACAAUCUCUAUGUCUAAGAGACUACUCUGA